CCAUACCAGCGCAUGGUAUACUACGGAAGUGGAUGACCAAUGGUAGUACGAUUCAAUUCUAGUGUCCUUGGCGCCAACUACUCCACUGACAGAGCCGCCUUUUACAUUAGGGAAGAUUGAAGUGGUCAAGUUGUGUUGGAACCCAAGAAAGAUGUUUCAGAUAAAGAGGAUCUGUUGCAUUGGUGCUGGCUAUGUUGGAGGCCCAACGUGCAGCGUGAUUGCCCAGAUGUGUCCAGAGAUCACUGUGACCGUUGUGGAUGUCAAUGAGUCCCGAAUUAAGGCUUGGAACUCGGAUACACUUCCCAUAUACGAGCCUGGCCUGAAAGAUGUGGUUGAAUCAUGCAGAGGGAGGAACUUAUUCUUCUCUACAGACAUUGACUCAGCCAUUAGGGAUGCUGACCUCGUUUUUAUCUCCGUAAAUACCCCGACAAAGACCUACGGCAUGGGGAAGGGCCGUGCCGCCGACCUCAAGUUCAUUGAGGCGUGUGCUCGGAGGAUUGCUGACGUGUCUGACGGCUACAAGAUUGUCACAGAGAAGAGCACUGUCCCUGUACGAGCCGCCGAAAGUAUUCGACGGAUAUUUGAUGCCAACACCAAGCCUAACCUCAGCCUACAUGUGCUGUCCAACCCAGAGUUCCUGGCAGAGGGAACCGCCGUGAAAGACCUGAAGGAGCCCGACCGUGUGCUGAUUGGUGGGGAUGAGACAGCUGAAGGUCAAAGGGCAAUCGGAGCACUCUGUGCCGUGUAUGAAAAUUGGGUCCCCAAGGCCAGAAUCAUUACCACCAACACAUGGUCGUCAGAGCUGUCCAAACUGGCAGCCAAUGCAUUCCUGGCACAGCGAAUCAGCAGCAUCAACAGUAUCAGUGCCCUGUGCGAGGUCACCGGGGCCGACGUAGAAGAGGUCGCCAAGGCCAUCGGCAUGGACCAGAGAAUAGGUUCCAAGUUUCUCAAAGCCAGUGUGGGAUUUGGUGGAAGCUGUUUCCAGAAGGACGUGCUCAAUUUGGUGUACCUGUGUGAGGCGCUCAGCCUGCCUGAGGUGGCCGCCUACUGGCAACAGGUGAUAGAUAUUAAUGAGUACCAGAGGCGGCGGUUUGCCAGCAGGAUCAUUGACUGCCUCUUUGACACGGUGGCAGGAAAGAAAAUCGCUCUACUGGGCUUCGCUUUUAAAAAAGACACAGGUGACACAAGGGAGUCAUCCAGUAUCUACAUCUCCAAGUAUCUGAUGGAUGAAGGGGCCAAACUAUUCAUCUAUGACCCCAAAGUUCUUAAAGAGCAAAUCAUUCAGGAUCUCUCUCAGCCCAGUAUCUCAGAUGGCAACCCAGAAAGAGUUUCAGAAUUGGUGACGGUGACCUCUGAUCCUUACGAGGCUUGCCGGAGUGCACACGCCUUAGUCAUCUGUACGGAGUGGGACAUGUUUAAGGAGCUGGACUAUAAGAGGAUUUACAAAAAGAUGCUGAAGCCACCCUUUAUAUUUGAUGGGCGCAGAGUGCUGGACCACCUCCAUGCUCACCUCCAGGACAUCGGCUUCCAGAUUGAAACCAUCGGGAAGAAAGUAGCAGCAACACUAAUCCCUGCUCCUGGAUGUCGCAUCUGUGCCAGCGAGCCUCCCACCAAAAAAAACAAAAUCUAAAUCUCUUGACAUGUAACACAUUCCUCCAGUUUUUAAAUUUGGUGUUAAAAUCAUUUCUGACAUAUAAUCCAAAGAGCCAGACCGGGUGAUUUGUGGUUUGAAUGUGUUGAAUCUUGAUUGUGAUUGCGUUUUAUGAUUGAACCAUUCCACACACACACACACACAGAUACAGACAUCUUCUUGAAUACAUUAAAUGCUGAAUUCAUCAAUCAGUCAGACAUGCUAAGUUUCAAUUACGUCGCCUUUGCUACACAGCACAUAGGCAAGUGUUGUUGCUGAAUUGUAAAAUUUUAUAAGAUUUUUUAUCACAAUAUAUGUCUGUAUGUCCGCUGUACGAUCCAUGGAAGGGCCAAUGCAAUAAAAUAAAUAAAAACAUGAGUCCUGGAUAUGAUUAUUAAAUUCC